AUGCCCAUCUAUUCAAUACGCAUUUUUCAGUAUUUCACCCCCAAGUUUUCACCCAAAGAGGAAGGCGGGGACAGUCAAGGUAGAUGUUUGUUUGUGUCUUCCCAGUCUAUCAGAGAAGUCACAGGCUAUGUACUCGUGGCCCUCAACCAGUUUCGUUACCUGCCUCUGGAGAAUUUGCGCAUUAUUCGUGGGACAAAACUGUAUGAAGAUCGCUAUGCCUUAGCGAUAUUCUUAAACUACAGGAAAGAUGGCAACUUUGGACUUCAAGAACUGGGAUUAAAGAACCUGACCGAAAUACUAAAUGGUGGAGUCUAUGUAGACCAGAACAAAUUCCUAUGUUAUGCUGAUACUAUACACUGGCAAGAUAUUGUUCGGAAUCCAUGGCCUUCCAACAUGACUCUGGUGUCAACAAAUGGAAGCUCUGGAUGUGAGUACCAUUAUCCCAUCGUCCUUUUUAUUUAUUUAUUCAUUUAUUUAUUUGUGUGUUUCUAUCUGUCUAUAUGUCUGUCUGCGUGUCACAGACACACAUGCACAGAAGUCAUGGGAAUUGGUGGAUUGAAAUCAGGUCAUUAACUUGAGGUCUAGCAUCUACCUGACGAAGCAUGUCAACAGUCCACAUCACACUCUGUGAUGUCUUAAAAUAGUAUUUUCCCCUGUGCCAUAGUGAACGUCUUGUUCUGCAUGCCCUAGUGAUAUUUUAACCUCUGAAUCCAUUCAAAAGCUCAGUAGGUUCUUCUUCAAGUUUUAGUCAUACAGAAAAUUUCUGACUAGCACCAUUCUGUUAAUUACUCUCUUUCAGAAUUCUCUAACCUUCAUUUCUCCAU